CAGUGGUGGGAAGAGCAGCGUGGUGGGCUCCACGUAAGCGGAACUUUGGUUGAAAGGCGGAUUCGUCGUGAUGUUUGGAUUUAAAACGAAUAUAUCUGGCUGGGACAAGCGACUGCCGAACCAGUUCCACUGCCGCAAGCAAUAGGUAAUUGUGUUAUACGGUCAGUUUAGUUGGUUAGUUUUCGAAGCGCUGAAUUUGGGAACAUCUUAGCAGGAUCAAGAUUGUAAAAUGUCAGGCCGGAAGGAAACUGUUUUGGAUUUGGCAAAGUUUGUUGACAAGGGUGUCCAAGUCAAGCUAACUGGCGGAAGGCAAGUUACAGGGACUCUAAAAGGAUAUGAUCAGCUGCUAAAUCUAGUGCUGGAUGAAGCAAUUGAGUUUCUAAGAGAUCCUGAUGAUCCACUGAAGACUACAGAUCAGACCAGGCGUCUUGGCCUAAUAGUUUGUAGGGGAACUGCAGUGAUGCUCGUAUCACCUACGGAUGGAACCGAUGAGAUUGCAAAUCCCUUUAUGCAGCCAGAUGGGGCCUAAUCUGAUCUUCCUUUUUUUCUCUCCUCUCCUUUUCCAUUAAUGUUGUAACUUUGAUGUAAAAUCAGUCUACUUUAUUUUAAUAUGGUCUUUGCUGCAGUUUCUUUCCUCUGGAGGGUUGAACUCCCUGAGAAUUUUUAUUCACCAGGCACGGAUGUUCCUAUUUAUCUUUGUGUUGAAAUAGUAGCAGCAAUUCGUGCUUAAAGAAAUUUUCGACCAUUAGUCCUAUUCUUGGGAAUUCCUUUUUUUAAAAAAAUCACACUUUGUUAUCGUA